AUGAAGGUAUCUCAUAAAUUUAGAGAAGGGAUUGGACGAGGUGGUGGUGGUAUUGUGUACAAAGGCAUACUGCCUGACACCCGAGAGGUAGCAAUUAAACGACUAAAUGAGGUUGGCCAGGGAGAAGCAGAAUUUCUAGCAGAAAUGAACAUAAUUGGGAAGAUAAAUCAUAUAAACUUGAUAGAAACCUAUGGAUAUUAUGCUGAGGGAAAGCAUAGGAUCUUGAUCUAUGAGUUAAUGCAGAGUGGCUCAUUAGCUAAGAACUUAAGUGCAAAUCAGCUUGAUUGGCGGAAGAGGUUUGAAAUUGCAAUAGGUGUGGCCAAAGGGUUAGCUUAUCUACAUGAAGAAUGCUUGGAGUGGGUUUUGUACUGUGAUGUUAAACCACAAAACGUAUUGUUGGAUGCUGAUUACAAUCCAAAAAUGGCAUAUUUUGGCUUGUCCAAGCUAUUCAACAAAGGUGCAACAGAAAAUUUCAUAUUUUCGAAGAUACGAGGUACUAGAGGGUAUAUGGCUCCAAAAUAG